AUGCCACUUGAUCAGGCAGAGGAUAUUCCCACAAUUAUAGGCGCUAAGGCUGUCUCCUCCGCAUCUACUCCAAUAGAGCCUCUGAAAGAGCAAAAACACAAGAGCAAUAAUCCGUUUACAAAUGGGAAGUUUGCGCAAGGAAGCAAUUCCGAUUCUUUGACGAGCACUCUGGUUGCAAAUAUCGAAUCACUUUCUCCAUUCGAGUACAUUGGAACCAAUAUAUCUAAGAAUGAAUUGAGACUUCGUCCAUUUAAAACAUCUAACAGAAUUUUGGACGAUCUUAAGUACACCCCAGCGCUUUUCAAGAUGCUUAGUCAAGGCAGAUUGCAAAAACCGAUCACAUCUUUCCUCAAUUCGUCUCCCUUUGCGUACAAGGACAUCUUGCCACAUAUCUUACAAUUAGAACGCUAUGAAACGUUGAUUCUAAAUAAUGCCGUUGAUUACAUUCCCCUGGUGGAAAAGCAUGAAUUGAAGGAUUGUAAUGUAACUGUCUCCACAGUUAGAGGUUUGAUUGUCAGCUCUCUGAAUGACGAGAUCAACCAUUUUAAAAUCGUCAUUCUUGAGAAGCUGCCGCCGUUGUCGCGUAUUCCAAUUGACAAGCAUGAGUAUCAUCAGAUCGAAAAGAGCAUGUUAUCUGCGGAUGACCUAAACAUUAUGAAUGACAAAUCAAAUGCUUCUUCAAAUUUAAUUGAUGAUGCAUUUUUCAAAAGUGGCAACAGUCUUGUAAACCACAUUAUGAGAGUGUCUGUCUACACUCUGGAGUUCACGAAAGAGGAUCUACUCUCUAGCAUAGAUUCAAAUCUUAUCAAAGAGCGAUACUUGCGUGGCAUAGAGAGCAGUCCCGAUUCCCAGUUGAGCAUUGAUUCCAUUCCUGGCCCUGUCCAUUGUUUGCAAACAUUAUUGAAAGUAUUGAAAGGACCCAUAAAUCUUCCCGCAACAGAACCAAUUCACACAAUUAGCAAGUCGAAGACUCUAUUGGAUGUGAAAAUUGACCUUCGUCUCUUAUUCGAAAAAUUUUCUUUCACUUUGGGAGACGAUGAAGAUAGUCUCAUCCCUCCUAACCUUUCGCUCAAUCCGUCUCUCAAGGAAGCAUACAUUCGGAAAGCCUAUGAAUUGGUAUUUAUUGGAAAAUCCCUCAAGACAAGUAAGGUAAAUGAUUUUGAUACAAAAUAUUCAUUCAGUGAUAACAUGGCUCAAGUACACUCAAUUUUGUCAGAGAUAGACAAACACUCUGCAUUGGCGAACAGCAGAAGCCGUGAAACAAACAGGUAUUCCUUCUUUAUUGCUUUAAGUUGCUGUGUCUUCUAUCAGGACGAGUUGAUUAUUCGCUGUUACGAAAAUACCGUUGUUUCAGACCCAAGAAAUAAGAUGGCAUACGUCGAUUGCUUCAAGAAGAUAAUGGAAAAUCGAUCAUCAGGCUCGACGGGCAGAUUGGCUUCCUAUCACAACAGUCAAUACCUAAAGGGUCUUAUGUAUGGAUAUUCUGAUUAUGAAGCUGCUCUCAAGAUUCUCGGGAUUGAAUUAAUACCAUCGGAUGACGAUGUGGAAAUUGAUGCGAUCAUUGAGAUGUACAAAGCAGCCACUAAUUCAGAUCCAAAAAAUUAUGCAUACUUCAACAAUCAAGUGGAGAAGAUCGCAAAGAUUCGUGAUAGCCUUGAAUUGAAGGACUUUUUAGCGAAUGAAAUUAUACCCAUGAGCAUUGCUUUGAAUGAAUUGAGAAUCGAAGAAGUAACCGAAGAUGAAGUUGUUAUUACAGCGUUUGAAUUCAGACUUAAUGAUGUCAUGCAAGAAGUGAACUUCAAUUCAAACAGUCCUGAAAUUAGAAUCCUUCAAAGGAGUUUAUACUCUGUUGCAUUAAACAGAAAGAGUUAUAUCUUGUUGAAUUACAUUGAAAAAAAGUUCCCUGAUUUACAGCAGAAGAUGAAUAUUACGUUUUCUGACGCUCUCAGAAUUUUGGAGGUGACGGCCGACUCUACUGAUUUCGAAAUAAUUACCAAUUUUCAAGAGAAGCUUGCUAAGUCCUCUUUGCACGAUCCGGUAGACGUUCGUGCCCUAAGAGCAUCCCUCAAAAGGGUGGCAGAAGAGCGUAAAUCAAAUAUAUUGAUGAGUUUCUUGGAGCAAGGAAAAAUUGAUCCAUCUUUGCAACCACCUGAGCUUUGGCCCACUGGUCUUGAUAAUAUUGGGAAUACGUGUUAUCUCAACUCUUUGCUUCAAUAUUAUUUUUGCAUUAAGCCGUUGAGGGACAUGAUUCUUAACUUUGACGAAGCAAACGUCAAGAUUGAUCCAAACAGUGCUCGAAAAAUCGGAGGUCGUAAAGUGGAAGAGUCCGAAUUGAAUCGUUCUUUUCAAUUUAUUUACCGUCUUCAAAAGUUGUUCAAUGAAAUGAUUUCGAGUAAGGAGCGUUGCGUGCAACCCAGCAAAGAAUUGGCAUAUCUUGCAUUUUUGCCUCUUUCCCAGCCUAUUGAUUUUAAAGACAAUAGUGAAUUACCUUUGCCUGGUGGAGAUGAUGGUGUCAUUGAUACUGAAUUUGAGCCAAUUAUAGUGGAUUCUGAAUCUCCAGAAUUAAUGUCAGCAGACACUGACAUGGACAAAGACAAUCAAGAUUUGAUCGUAUUAGAUAGUACAUGCACUUCUCCCAAUCUCGAAAGUGCACCAUCUUUGAAUAUGGUUGAGGUCGAUAGUAUGCAUGUGGAGGACAAUCAAGUGGAUAUUGCGACAGGAAAAAAAAUAUUGGCGAUUAGUUCAGACCAAAUUGAAAGUACAAUCGAAUUGGGCAGACAACAAGAUGUCACAGAAUGUAUUGAAAAUGUCACAUAUCAGAUUGAAACAGCACUUGAACCAGAAAAAAUUGAGUCUGACGGUGAACAGUUUGACCUCAUCAAGAAACUUUUCUGUGGCAAGACCAAACAAACUAUUACUCCCUUGGGUGAAGAAAAAGCCAAUGUUAGGGUAUCAGUCGAAAGGUUCUUCAGUUUGAUCAUCAACGUUGGAGACCAUCCAAAGGAUAUCUACGAUGCAUUAGAUAACUACUUUAACGAGGAUUCAGUUGAACUUGAAGAAGGCGAAGUUAAAAAAGCCCUAACUAUUCAAGAGCUACCACAAGUGCUUCAGUUCCACGUCCAACGUGUUUUGUUUGAUCGAGAACGUUUGGUCGCUUAUAAAUCUUUGGAAGUUAUCCCCUUUGGAGAGACUAUCUAUGUUGAUAGAUAUCUCGAGACGGAUGACGAGGAAAUCAUAGCGAAGCGUCAAGAGGUCUUUGAUUGGAAAUCAGAAAUGAAAAAGUUAUAUGCCGAGAAAGAUUCUAUUCUCAUGGUUGAUUCAGAGACAAAACUUUCAGCGCUUGAUGCUUUAAAGGCAACAUUGAAGUAUUUGGAGACAAAUACUCUAAAACUGGAGUUGAACUGUGUGAAGCAGAGUACUAUUGACUCAAUUAGGAGCCAAAUUCAUCUUCUUGAGUUGAAACUUCAGGCCAUUGAGAACAAGUUGAUCUCUUUACAAGAUAAAGUAUCAACUCAAUUUGAUUCAUACAAGCAGGUAGGUUAUUCACUAUUUGCGAUUUUCAUCCAUCGAGGUGAAGCUUCUUACGGCCAUUAUUGGAUUUACAUCAAGGAUCCUCAUAGGAAUAUUUACAGGAAGUACAAUGAUGAAACGGUGACAGAGGUUCCAUAUUCUGAGGUCUUUAACUUUACAACAACUAACACAGCUACGCCAUAUUAUAUGGUGUAUGUGAAGUCGGAACUAAUGGAUGAAUAUAUUGAGCCAUUGAAGAGGGAAAUCAAAUGUUGA